ACUCAACAGGCACUGAAAAACUUCUGUACCUGGACUCAACCUCACCCAAUCGCACGCACCGUCAUCUUUUCCAGAAAACCCCACCCCAACUUCGAUCAUUCCCACGGCACAACGAUCAUCAUCCCAAACUACUGCAAUUCAUCCAUCAUCAAUGGCAUCUCCCAAGAAACCUCCCGAAACCCAAAACCCACCUUCCGCAAUCCUCGUCCAGCCCGUCUCCCCUCGCUACCCGCUCCCCCAAUCCGGCACGCCCACAUCCCGGGCCCACCGCCGGAUCGCGAUCGCCGUCGAUCUGAGCGACGAAAGCGCCCACGCCGUGAGGUGGGCCGUCCAGAACUACCUCCGCCAGAACGACGCCGUCAUCCUCCUCCACGUCCGCCCCACCUCCGUCCUCUACGGCGCCGACUGGGGCGCCGUCGAGGAAGAGGACACGGAGGAGCGGUCGCGGCAGGAGCUGGAAGACAAUUUCGACGCGUUCACGGCGUCCAAGGCGAGUGAUUUGGCCCGGCCGCUGGCAGAGGCCGGGAUACCGUUCAAGAUACACAUAGUGAAGGAUCAUGAUAUGAAGGAGAGGCUGUGCUUGGAGGUGGAGAGGCUGGGGCUGAGCACGGUGAUCAUGGGGAGCAGAGGUUUCGGGGCUGCUGCUUCGAGGAGGGAAGGGAAGGGGGGCAGGUUGGGGAGUGUGAGUGAUUACUGUGUAAAUCACUGUGUGUGUCCUGUGGUGGUUGUGAGGUACCCUGAUGAUGAUAAGGAGGAAGGUGGUGUUGGUGGGGAUGGCACGGCGGCGGUGGAAGAGGAGGGGACGGAGUAUCAUGAUGCAUCUGAUAAGCAAACGGAGCCGGAGAAAGCUUCUUGAGCAGAUAGAAGAUGGGGCAAGCUGGAUAUGUUUAGAAGAAGGAAGCCCAUCCAAGAAACUGAGAUGUCUGGAGUUUGUGACAAGAUCAUGGUAGGCUUAGAUUGUGCUGUGUGAAAAAGAUGGAUUGUGGUGCCUAGUUACUUCAAAGUCUUUCGGGCUUUAUUAAAUAUCAGUUUUGUUCAAAACUCUGAAGUUGAGAGUGGUUGAGAUUGUUUUUAUUUUUUUUUAUUUUUUAUUUUUUAUCGGCAAGUGGUUGAGAUUGUUGAUCAGUUCUUUUUUGUUGAUUUUAGGCCUUUAUGAUCUUAAAGCUGUGUAGAACUGCUUUGCAGCCUCGUCCUUUUAUUGAAUUUGGGUGGAAGGGGGUACAUCUGGUUGUGCUUCA